ACCACAACGAUCAUCAAACGAAAACCAUAACCAUCGUAGCUCUGAAGUGCGAGAAACAUACUACUCUACUCCUCAUUCCCAUCCAGGUCGAGAUGUCUUCUGGGUCUACGAGCUCAUCCCGUGGCGGCGCCAACGCGGUGUGGAGCGUCAGGGAGAACAAGCUGUUCGAGGAGGCACUCGCCAACUACGGCGAGGGCACGCCCGACCGCUGGCACAAGGUGUCGCGCGCCAUGGGCGGGACCAAGACGGCCGACGAGGUGCGCAACCACUAUGAGAUCCUCGAGGAAGACAUCAAGCUCAUCGAGUCUGGCAGGGUCCCGUUCCCCAAGUACAAGUACAGGAACUGAUUCAUCGCGGAGCGAAGCAUCUGAAUUCUGAAGUUCCUGCAAUGAGGAGAACCGGUUGAUAAUCUAGCGUUUACCUGGAAUAAAAAGAAGAAAACAUGUGUGUGUGUGUAUGUCUGUGUGUGUACGCGCGCGCGUGCGUGCGUGUGUGUAUGUUGUGGUUUUAAGUUUGUAAGCAAAUCAAGUGCGGUUGCUCUUGCAGACAAUAGCAUGUAGUUUUAAGUCUUCCCCAAUAAGUUCCGGAGUAAACAUCAGUAAUGUAAAUCUCCUGUACUUAUUUGUAAUGUUUAUGAACAUGUGCUUGGUACCA